AUGGAUGAAGCAAAGCUAGAGAUAAUGGAAUUCGUUUCAUUCUUAAAAACACCAGAAAAAUUUGAAAGACUCGGUGCGAAAAUACCUCGAGGGGCUAUCCUCUCCGGACCCCCAGGAACAGGUAAAACUCUUCUAGCAAAGGCUACAGCAGGAGAGUCUCAAGUACCUUUCUUCAGUGUUAGCGGAUCGGAGUUUGUUGAGAUGUUUGUUGGGGUUGGUGCUUCUCGAGUGCGUGACUUAUUCGCCAAAGCACGCAAAAGUACACCUUGUAUUAUUUUUAUUGACGAAAUUGAUGCUAUCGGUAAAUCCCGUGGGAAAUCAGGGUCUUUUGGCGGUGGAAACGAUGAGCGAGAGGCUACGCUCAACCAGAUUUUGACUGAGAUGGACGGAUUUAACACUUCGGAGCAGGUUGUCGUUCUUGCAGGGACCAAUAGACCAGAUGUUCUAGAUAAAGCUCUGUUAAGACCUGGUCGUUUUGAUAGACAUAUAGCAAUCGACCGGCCUACGAUGAGUGGUCGCAAACAAAUAUUUCUAGUUCAUUUAAAAAAGAUUGUCACCCACGAAGACCUUGAAUACUUGACUGGGCGUCUUUCAGCCCUAACUCCGGGAUUUUCGGGUGCGGAUGUUGCUAAUUGCUGUAACGAAGCUGCUCUCAUUGGUAAGUUCCGAGUACUAACCUUUUAUCAGCCACAAGGCUAA